AUGGAAUUAACAUUUUCCAAAAUGACAGUAGACACGAAACUUGCACAGGAACAUGUCAAAAGGAAUAAAGGUCUGUCAGAGUUAUAUGAUGAUUAUGAGGGCAAUGUUAAGGAAGGUCCCUCUAGAUAUGGAGGAGUUUUUGUAGAAAGCUCCAAUUCUAACGACAGAGAUAAAAUACAGAAUAUUAUGUGGAAGUUGGCUAUAAACUUGAAACAGAGCAGUGAACUGAUAGUACAACUGGAAUAUCACUUCAGAAAAAUUCCAGUAGAAGACACCAAGGCACAAUUAAAUGUUCUUAUACAGUACAUCAACAGCUAUUCAGCAUGGACAGAUAAGUUUUUAUCAUGUAUUGAAGACUUUUUGUUUCGUGAUCAUCUUCUUGUAUUGACACAUAUGGUGUUAAUGAUGGUACGUAAUGACAAGAUCACCCUCUACACAUCCACCAAGGAGCCCGUGGCAAUCUGUCACCUGUUUGUAACUCUAUGCCGUGACGCUGGAUACCAGACUAUACAGUUAGAUUGUCGAAAUGAUGACUUUACGACAAACAGAGCAGAUAUCAAGCACGGUACUGUGGCCGUUGUCUCCGAGGAUGCCGAUGUCGACUCUGCAGUUGAUAAGUUUCUCUCGUCGCCCAAACAGGUGCCCUGGUACUUGCGCAGGAUUCUGGUACAAGAGAGUGUUUACAAGCCAUUCAAGGACGCACUCAACUGGAAAUGUUCUUUGAAACAAAACGAUAAGAACACUGUUCCACCCAGCGCGUUGUGUUCUCAAGUUCUCACAUAUGAAGGACGAACGUUCAUCGUAGACCCUGUGGAAGUUGUGGAGGAGGAGCAGUCGUUCAUCACUGUCGAAGCUUACAGGACAACUAAAGAAAUGAUAUCGAUGCUACAACAAGACAAUCCUCACUACUUGUCAUUAUGGAUAAAUGGAAUAGGACAAAUUAAUGAAGUGACUCAGAGUACGAACUCGGCUGCCGUGUGGGUGAACAACAUCGGCGACAUCAGAGGACCCCCAACCGUAGCAAAAGCGCUCUAUCCCUCAUUUUCAAAUAUUAAUAAAGAGUAUUACUAUAGGAGAUUCGACGACAAAAAUGAUAAGAUCGUCAAGCUUGUCAAGCUCUCUCAGUCGUGGUCGAAACUUGAUAUUGAACGUCGUCGCGAUAUUCUUAUCAAUGUACUAGGAAAAUAUAUAUCAUCUGACUCCCAAGACAACGACUUUAAUGGCGGAAAGAAUUCACUUAUGAACUUCACAAACGAAUCUUUUGUGCAAGCUGGAAAAGAUUAUACUUGUACGGGAGUGUGGAAACCUGUAGGAUUCAUUCCAAUCACAAAACCCGAACUGACGUCUUUAAAUCUAGCAGUUCAUUUAAUCUUACAAGGUAAUGCGUUAGUUUUGUACGGACUUUCAACUCCAGCAGAAGCCCCGUACGUCGAACUACUUGAAGCAGCAGGAGUGCCUGUUGUUAUUGCUCAAUGUAGUCCCACUGGAAAAUUCCAAGCAAAAAUUUAUUUUUUAGGCGGGGAAACUCAAACCCUGCGAGUCAUUUGGACAAACUCCGGAACAAUUUUCGCUAACUAA